GAGGCUGCCCAGUCGUGCGCGAGCAGCUGCUUUAGCCUCCUCAGCUUGCUGGAGGAACAUGGCGGACCGGCUUACACAGCUGCAGGACGCGGUGAACUCGCUUGCAGAUCAGUUUUGUAAUGCCAUUGGAGUUUUGCAGCAGUGUGGUCCUCCUGCUUCAUUUAGUAAUAUUCAGACUGCAAUUAACAAAGAUCAGCCAGCUAAUCCUACAGAAGAAUAUGCCCAGCUUUUUGCAGCACUGAUUGCACGAACGGCAAAAGACAUUGAUGUUUUGAUAGAUUCAUUACCCAGUGAAGAAUCUACAGCUGCUUUACAGGCUGCUAGCUUGUAUAAGCUCGAAGAAGAAAACCACGAAGCUGCUACGUGUCUGGAGGAUGUUGUUUAUCGAGGGGACAUGCUUCUGGAAAAGAUACAAAGUGCACUUGCUGAUAUUGCACAGUCACAACUGAAGACAAGGAGUGGUACCCAUAGCCAGUCUCUUCCAGACUCAUAGUACCGGUAUAUACCACGUGGCUGAGAAAAGAACUUUUUCAGUGCCAUUAAGAAUUCUGCAUCAAAUUUAGAUGUAAGCCUUACCAACAGUUAUAGAAACAUUAAGCACUAUGACACACGUUACCUUUUUAGCUAUUUUUUAAUAUUCUUCUGUUUUCACUCUUGAUAUUUAAGCUUCUAAAAUUGCAAUUGAACCAGCUUUAAACCAUCAUUAAUACCAUCAUUUUUUAUUAUUGAAAUGAAAUUAUUGAGGCAGGUAUAGCAUUAAUGGUUAUAAUGUAAUUAAACAGAUGUACUUUAAAAUUC